UCUCAUCCAUUGUUCCAAACAAUACUGUAUUGUACGAAUUGUGCUAAACUGCUCUUUAGGAUUCGUUCUUGCCCCAUUCUAACAUAGAAGCAACUUGGAGAGGACAGCUUUUCCACAGCAAAAAUUUAUCAGCGCCAUGCCGAAAAAAAGCAAAUCCAACGUGGAUUCACGUUUGGAAGGGUCUACGGUCCCGUCGCAAUCAAGAUCGAGUGAAGAAGAGGAUUUCAAUAGGCAUUACGAUUUGACACCACUUGGCUCAAAAAGGCCCAAAAGAAAAGAUGGAGAAAGAUCGAAACAAGCAGAGAACACAACAUCAACAUUAUUUAUCGAUCCCUGGGAAAUCUCUUCGCCAACCGGAAACGAAGGUGUUCAGCCAAACGAUUUGGGAACAAACCAAGUAUUUUUUGCAUCGAGUAACUCCAACGACAGCGACUCUUUGGAUGGAUACGAUGAACGUUUUCCAAGCGAAGAAAAUGUCAAUGAUGAUGAAGAUCACCGCUUCGAGGGAACUAAUACGCCCCUUCGAUCAUCAUUCAUUGGGCCCUCUGAUAUCCAUCCUCGAAUGGAAGAAAGGGAAGAUGAUAUCGCUCAAUUGCGCCUUCUUGCUGGUACACUAAAUGCAGAUUGGGGAGCUGGAGAUUUUAUGGCGCCAGCCCUUGCCCGAAGAAUAAGGGAUUUCCAAUUUGCCCAAGAGAAGCGAAGGAAGAAAUAUGGACACGAGAAGCCUUGGGGGAUAUUAGGAUUAUACGACCACCUUGCCUCUAUUCGUGUUGAUGUCGAAUGGGCAGAAGAUGCUGCAUGGAGGAGAGCCAAUGGACAACCGUAAGUUGGAGAUGUUGAAUUGAUCUAUUUUUGCACGAUUUCAAUGUACUCAUGCCAGAAAAUUUUUAUGUUUUACUACAUGUUUAGCUAUCUUUCGUGGGCUGAUUUUGAUGCAAAGAAGAAAAAGGGUGUGAAUCGGCCAUUUUUCACGUAUUUUCUGCUCAUUACUUGUACAGUUGCAUUGGUUGUCUCUAUCGCCCUGAACGGUUGGGAGGUUGAGCAACUAGAUAUCAAUCCAAUGAUUGGGCCAAGUGCAGAUACUCUCAUUCUUAUGGGAGCUAAAGAUUCCUAUUUGAUUGUUUCUGAAAAUGAGGUAUGGCGGUUGCUUUCUUCUGCAAUUCUCCAUGCAGGUCUUGUCCAUUAUGUCAUAAAUUGUCUCGCUCUCUGGUUUGUGGGUAAAGCGAUUGAAACAACGCACGGAACGAUGGCUACAGCAUUUAUCUUCAUUAUUUCUGCGAUUGGGGGGACAAUUUUGAGUGCCAUAUUUCUUCCAGAAUACAUCACGGUUGGUGCUUCCGGAGGUAUAUUUGGGCUUAUCGGCGCCUGUCUCUCAGAUAUUAUCAUGAAUUGGAAACAUCUCUUCUCGGAUGUUGUCGGAGAAAACGGACAGCGAAAUAACCAUCUUAUCGUAGUGGUGUUUUUAAUCGUGGACAUCGUUCUGAAUUGCCUGAUCGGUUUGACACCCUAUGUUGACAAUUUCACGCGUAAGUAUGCCGAGGAAAAUUGUAAAUUACACCAACUCGGUAUCUGUGGCUUGUGAAGCAUUAUCUCACAUUUAGAUCUUCAUUGUUCCUUGCAACUACAUCAAAUUGAAAAAUCAGAUCUCGGUGGAAUGAUGUACGGAAUGUUGUGUGGUUUCAGCACUAUGGAAAGGCUUCCUGACGCGUUCUUCGGCAUGGAAGAAAACUGCUUCGCGCGGGUAAAGCAAAUCGCCACUCGGUUUCUCGGUCUCAUUAUCAGCAUUAUUUUGAUCAUCAUCACUACUGUUUUACUGCUAGAGGGCGACGGAGAAACAGUUCCAUGCCCAAAUUGCCAAUGGCUGUCUUGCGUCCCAUUUCCUCCUUGGAAAUCACAAGCUGACAAAUGGUGGUAUUGCGAUGACUGUGGUAGGGUAAGCGCUGAAAUAGUCGACAGUCCAAGUUUGCACCUACAACUUGAAUGUCCGAGCGGAACAAACGUUGCAGUUGGACUUGAAACGGAGCAAGUUGAUAGAGAAAAGUUGGAAAACGAACUGCCUGGAUACUGCAGGGAAUUUUGCCCUAACUUCGAAAGACGAUAUUGAAGAUGGUAUUUCGUACACACAGACCUGGGAUUUUGCCUCUCAUUCUAUCGAACGUGGCUGAUCUAAAACAAAGACGAUGAAAAUGAUUUUGCCGCUUGCGAUCAAGUGAAAGCAUCCAAUUACACCGCAAAAGGCGAAUGAAAUAUCGGAAAGUAGUACAUCAUGGAUCAGAGUUCUGACACUUAACUUUAAAUAAUUAUACAGUAAUUUU